AUGAAAAGGCCAUUGGGGAUCAAUGAGCCCACCCCAAGGAACUCAAAGCAUGCAGCGAACAAGAAUGCUUCAAAAUCGAAUGCGUCAACCUCACAAAAUGUUACCAAAAACGAACUUGCAAAGUUUCUCCCGAAGAACGGGUUGAGUGCAUUAGUAGUAGAUGAUGCCUACAUCGGCCGAAUUUAUCACAAGAUACUUCUCACCAAUCUUGGAGUCGAAUGCCGGGAUGUAAGCAAUGGCCAAGAUGCUGUGGCUCUGUGUCGUGAAGGGGCUUUUUUCCAUCUUAUCCUCAUGGAUAUGGAGAUGCCCAUUAUGAGUGGGCUGGAGGCAACGAGGAUGCUGCGUGAGAUCGGCAUUCGUAGCAUGAUCAUAGGGGUCACUGCCCACAAUAAGGAAUGGCAAGUUCGAGAAUUUAUAGAUGUUGGUUUGGAUGGCUAUGAGGAGAAGCCAUUGAGUUAUGAGAAGCUUAUCGAUAUCCUCCGUGAUCUUGAUGCCAGUCAAUCUACCUAA